AUGAAUCCAGAGCCUCAACGGGUUCUUUCCAAAAUCCAUCAAAAUCCCAUAACACGCACACCAUUGAUCCAACAGCUUGAUUGUUCUCGACAAAGAACAUGGUGCAUGCCAAAUGCCCCAAAUGUUUCGAUUUGCAGUUUGGAUGGUCACUACAUGAAACAAAUGAAAAAGGAGUUGACAAAAAUAAGUUCUGCGGCGUACGCCAACGCCAACGCUGGAUGUUUCUGGCCCAGCGGAGCUGCUUUUGGAGUCAGAAAAACAACUUUACACCCAACUGCGCAGAACACGAAACCAGUCGUGUCAUUUUUCACACGCAUGCUUUCACAGAUGUACCGUUGUGCCUGGUAUUCUGCUUAG